GCUACAUAUAAACCUUACACUUCCUUCAUUCUCAGUAUGGUAUCAGUGUUCAGCACGUCCAAAAGUGGAUUAGCAGCUCUGUUGCAGCACUGCAGGGCUCUGUGUACCGGAGGUUGGCAGAUUUCAGGUCUCGUGGUCGUAAAUGGCUUGAGACCACAGCAGGUACACGCUCCCUUUACACAUGCGUUCCGUUUCGAGCGGUUUUCUUCAGAGAUUCUUGAUUUUUUGAGGUCAAACUUGUCAAAAGGUUAACUUCGAACCUUCCCGAAAGACACGGAAAGUCGACGGUAUUGAUUUGAAGCGGUCUGCGGACAUCCAUAAUGAGUUUGUCUGCAAAUCUUGACAGCUUGGCAGUCGCUGGUCGAAACGAGCUGACGUAAACGACUGAGGUGACGACGCGACGCUAACAAUCAGGCCAGGACAGGUGUCUUGUUAGCUCUGCGGAGGUGAAGGAUGGGACGUAAACUGGAUCUCUCUGGUCUGACGGAUGUGGAGGCCGAGCAUGUGAUGCAGGUGGUGCAACGGGACAUGGAGCUGCGCAAAACGGAGGAGACGCGGCUCAAUGAGAUGAAGAAGGAACUGGUUGAGGAGGGCAGUCGGUCUGUUUUGCUGUCGCGGCAGCACAGGUUUAAUGAGCGCUGCUGCAUCCGAUGCUGUUCUCCCUUCACCUUUCUGCUCAACCCUAAACGUUCUUGCCUGGACUGCUGCUACAGCGUCUGCAAGGGAUGCUGCACUUACAGUAAGAAGGACAAAGGCUGGCUGUGCUCCGCCUGCCAGAAGACCAGGCUGCUGAAGACCCAGUCACUAGAAUGGUUCUACAAUAAUGUGAGAAGGCGUUUUAAAAGGUUUGGCAGUGCUAAAGUGUUAAAGAACCUCUACAGGAGGCAUGCAGCAGAGCGUGGAGCGUUAGCAGAACUUACAGAAGGCAGCACUUAUGAGGAGAGCGUCUGCAAUGAGAGUAGUAUGUAUGAGAGUGACUCCACGUUCUACAGGCAAAGUGAAGAGCACAGCAUGGAUGAGACUAUUAAUGUGGCAAUGCGGGUGGCAGAAGAAGCCAUAGAUGAGGCCAUUGCUAAGGCUGAGAGCCAGACCGACAGUCAGGAGAAGCAGAACGAAGCCCAUUAUUUGCGAGAGAACAGAGGAGAGCUGAUAAAGGAAUUGGCCACAACUAUAGUACAGAAAAUUGUCCGUCGGAAAAAGGAUCUGUCUGAGAUGCAGCCUGGAUGUAAUCUGGAGCAGAACAGUGAAGGAAUCGCUCCUGAUAAAACCCAGAGUGCCUUUGAUGCUUCUCUCUGGAAGUCCCGCUCAGCUUUUUGUCUCUUGACUGAUGAGCAAACAGACCUGCAUGCUAACACCGGGUCAGGACGUUCAUCCUCUAUAAGUCAUACUCUGGAAAUGAAGAAGGAAGAAACAAAGCCUGUCCAAGCCAUGCCUAGCUGGAGGAGUGUCGACCGACUGGACAAUUCCAUGUUGCAGAGUCCUGAUGGUAACUGGAUUGCUUAUCAGAGCAACCUGCUCUCUCGACCUGGUCUUUUAACCAAGCGCAAAAGUCUGGUCUACAGCGUCUUAGAAAGGGAGUCUGGCGUGGUGUCGGCUUACGAUGAAAUGGGCUCAGAAACAGAGCCUGAAGUUAAUGGGGUUUGGGGUGCUGCACUGGAAGAGUUUCGGCGAAAGAUGUCUGCCAGUAAGCAGCUGACUAACCCAGAGUCCUACAGCCGUCAAGCAACCUUGCCUUUGAAUGCACAACCAGACACCUUCACUGCUGACACUGGAAACUCCUCAGGACAGGAUGGGCCACCGUCCCAGUCCCAGAAAACUCUGCUGCCUUUCUUAAAGAGAAAAGUACCACUAGAACACAGAAGACCCUCAUCCGCCCGCCGGCCAAACAUCAUGGAUAUAAAUUUCAGUGCAGGAGGGGCUGAAAGCAGUGAGGAUGGCCUAGAGGACAGCAGGGUCAAGAGGUCACGUCGAAGGAGGAAAAAUAAGAAAGAAGAAGCAGAGUGGAAAGGACAGUCGGGAUUGUCUUCAGUUGUCCCGGAUUCCAGUAGCCACCUCUCAGAUGCUCUGAUGAAGAGACGUUAUGUAAAACAAGACGCAGACUUGUAUGCAAGAAGACAAUGUGAUAGUCUGGAAGGAGACACUUCAGACACUGCUACCCCUGACAUCUUGAGCUCUGGAGCCGUGACCCCUGAUCCGUUUGGACUCGGCCUUAACGCUCCCAACAGUUCCAAUCACGGGAGCCUUAGUGAAGUUGUAUCUUUAGAUCAAGAGUUGACCUCCAAACUGAAAGAGCUGACCAGUCAAGUCAGAGAAACACAACUUUCCUCCACUGAGGAUGAACUGGACAGGUUGGAGUAUCAAACGUGGGAUGAAGAAAAUAAGACAAAAGUGGGAGAUGAACUUAUGGGAGAUGCUUCUGAAACUGAUUCAACAGAAAAAUCUGAUGAAACUGAAUUCACAAAUCAAGUGAGAUCAACUGAGAUGUUGAAAGAAGAUGAUCUAACUUCCAAACUGAGAGAGUUGACCAGUCAGGUCAGCGAGACACUGCUUUCCUCCACUGAAGAUGAACUGGACAGGCAUGAGAAUCAAACUGAAGCCAAUCAGUCAGUAAGAACUGAGAUGCUGGUAGUAAAUGAGAGGACAGAUGGAAACAAUGUGAUACAAUAUGACCAUAUAGAGAUGGUUGAAAAAGCAGAAGAAGAGAGAUCAGAGAAAAGACAAAAGGACAGUGUGGCAAAGCAGGACAUUAGUGAGCAAAAUGACAUAGAUGAGACGCAAAUAUCAGAUGAAAUGAGCUCUGCGAGCCAAAAACAGACACUUGCUGAGACAGAAGGGACAAAGAACAAGGGAGAAGUUCAGACUGAAGAGAAAAAUGCAGAAAUACAAGACAGUCAGCAGAGCAGAGUUGAGAAUACAGAAGAACAAGAGGUGUUAUCCUGUGAGCUGGCUUUGAGUAGAUUAGUAAGUGGAGAUGGAAAGAUGGAAUUUGAUAGGAUCAUCAAUACUGUAGCGAAGGCUUUGGAUGAUAUGGAAGAACACAUAGAAGCUUACACUACUGAGGAGGUAUUUUUAGACAGGGAGAGAACUGAGAGAGAGAAACACGAGAUGAUGGAAGAGGAGGAGAAUGUAACCGAACAGGAAAUGGAUGACAAGACAAUAUCUGAGGGAUGCUCUGAAGGUGGAAAAUCGAAGGAGGUGCAGGAAAAAGAAAUGAAGGGAGAGGGCAAGAUCAAUGAAGCUGUGGUGCUAAAGAGCAACACUGAAGAUACGAAGGAGACAGAAGACAAACAAUGCAGCAAAUCAUCAGAAGACAGAGUUCAAGAGAAGGACACCAACAGUCAAGUUGACUUGAUUGAAAUAAGUAAGGAACAGAUGGACCCUACAAUUCAGCACAGCGCUCCAUCUGUUCAGGAGGAGUAUCUGUCACCAGAGGAGAUCUACAAGGAUGCACACAUGCUGGACAUAGAGAAAAACCUACAUUUAAUCUCCAAUAUACUACAGCAGAAAUACUCAGCUGCAUCGCUGCGCAGCAUCACCACCGAGGUGCUAAAAGUACUGAAUGCUACUGAGGAUCUGAUUCACGGAUCUAUGGAAGAUGGACGAUGCCAGUCAGACCACAGUGACAUCUCGAUCAUUCCCCCUGACGAGGCCAGAAGACUGGAUGAGCAGCUCGGCAAACUUGAGGAGAAUGUGUAUGUGGCGGCAGGUACAGUGUACGGGCUCGAGGCUGAACUGGGGGAUCUGGAGGAGUGUGCGCGCAGCAUCAGUGGAUGCACCACUGAAAGAGAGCUGGCUCAUCUGGAGGACCAGGUGGCCUCUGCAGCAGCCCAGGUGCAGCAGUCUGAGCUCCAGGUUUUAGACAUUUCCUCAAGAAUCGCUGCUCUGAAAAAUGCAGGACUUAAUGUAACUCCACAGACUCACUUUACCAAGGUCAAGACUACAAAAACCAAGACACAAACCAUUGGCUCAUCUCGGAAACUGAGGAGGCGACUCCCAGCACCUCCGAAACAAGAUAAAGAAGCAUAAAGAGGAUAGUGGGAUACAUCUGCAAGCAUCAUCACAAAGUUAAAUAACUACAAACUUAAAAAAGCCACUGAUCACAUGUGCCUUGAAGCUCAUAGAAAAUAUUUUAUGGACUCAAGCUCUGGAUGACAGAUUCUAAUAGACUGAUGCAGUGAUGCCAUUUUACACAAACUAAUAACUCUUGGAUAAGAUUGCUUUUAUUACCUCUCUCCCCUCAUAAU